UACUGCCGUUUUAAGGAUUGUCCAGUGACUGUGACAGUGGAGGUUAAAGAUGAAAAAACCCUGAAGGCUGAUGUGCUUUUCCAAGGAGGUGAGGUGUGCCACAACACAAAGGAAAUAAAAACAAGACCUGUGCGUGGACACUCCAGAGACGAAAUAGCAGAACAACUGGAAACCAAAAUGCCAAGAAGUCUUUAUCUGGAUUCUCUAAUUAAAAUACCAGAAAAAGCUUUCCAAGCCGGGUGUCGGGAUGAGGCUCCAUCUAAAGAGGUCUUGAAAAAUAUUGCCUGGUCCCACAGAACAAAAGACAGACCUCAUUUAAAUGAGAUGGCCAGUCUGCAAAUUUUACUUGACAGACAGCAAGGACUUCCAAACGAAGUCCUUCAGAGAGUGCUCCUGCAUCCAAAAGGUAUAAUGCUCUGGUCCCGAAAAACACUUACAGUGUUUUACCAACGGUGCAAAGAUGACAUAGUAUAUUUUGAUGCAACAGGAAGCAUUAUCUCAAAAGAUAAUGCUUCUGCUACUCCGUACUAUGUGUAUGAAAUUAUAGUUCGAAAUCCCUUCAAGGGAUCCUCACCUCUUCCAACAGCAACUUUUGUUACAUGUGACCAUACCACGGCUUCUGUAACAUAUUUUGUACAAGCAUUUCAAACAGAGCUUACACGAAUGUAUGGAAGCAGGGCAAACAAAAGGCCAGUAAUGAUCAUAUGUGAUGGCUCACUGGUGCUUCUCCAGUCCAUUGCGAUAACAUUCUGCAGAGCAAGUUUGGAAGACCUCUUGGAGAGAUACUUCCAGGUUAUCACAGGACAGUUGGACACGGAUAACUUCAACAUACCCAUUCUCCACCGGUGUUUGAGUCACAUCAUGAAGAACGCAAAGGAUCUUUGCAAAAAGAGACUUGAGAAACACUACAAAUUUGGCAUGCACGUUUUUGGAUUACUGGCCUGUUCUUCCAACCUGAAAGAUUUCGAUGGCAUUAUUGUAAGUGCAACAGUAGUUUUCAAAAGUCCAUGCAGUGGACCAGAAGUGCAAAAACACCUGCAGAACCUCAAACUGCUGAUCAAUCCGACGGGAAAUGGUGAUGAUGAAGAAAAAGACAUCAUUCCAGAGGACUACAAGGUAAUUUUAAAAUUAAGUUUGGUUUUCAAUGGUUGAGAUAUUAAUUGUGUUCAUGUUAUAGUGUGACACCAAUAACAUUGUUUUGUAGCACAUGUAUGUGUUUUUUUAAACAAAAUAAGGUCUUCAUUAUCCGAAAUUUUUGUUAAUUAUAUGACACUUAAAUUUUUUUUUUUCAGACGACAACAGUUCACUCAUCACUUAACCAGCACUUUGCAGAAGUAAUUGCCAGUGCCCACCUUGAUGUGACUGGACCACCGAAUGUGUACCAUGCACCAGCAUUCAUUUCAAGUCUUUCUAAAUACUUUCUUCCACAUGCUACCUUGUGGUCAGGAAUGCUGCUUGGAGACCUUGGACGGCAUGGCAAAGGAUCAGCGUAUGUCUUUCUCAGUAAACGGUACAAUCAGGUGUCGCAGUUGAACACGCAGAACUACACUGAAGACAACCGUACACAAGGGAUCAUGGAAAAAAGUCAAUGGGACCUGAAAAGGAUUCGUUUUGAUGGAAAGCGUCUCACUAGAUUAGAUGACUUUGUGCUCAUAUAUCAAAGGAAACAUGAUGGUCUUCUCAGAGAAUAUGGAGAUGUGGUCAACAAAAGGAGGAAGUCUUACCGAGUGGAGACCGAGAAGUGGAAGAAAAUAAGUAGAAAGCGAAAAGGCUUCUAUGUAACUCCUCAGAUGGGAAAACAAGUCAAACAGGAUUAUCUACAAGAACCACCAGACUCAGAUGUGCCCACAGAGCAGACUGAAGCUGUCACUACACAGAGCACAGAAGACAUCCAAGGAUGGGAUUUGCCAAACAACUCCAGAAAAGUCCAGGAGGCGGAAAAGGGCAAAACAUUGGAUAAAUUACAGGUCACAGCACUGUGGAAAAGAGAGGAAACCGAAGUUGUCGUUGCUGUGAUUCCAUCACAAAUAAAAGGGAACAACUUUAUAGUUCACCACAGCGAGCUGCAAUCCCUGGAACCUCAUCAAUGGUUAACAGGCGAGAUUAUAGAGUGUGCUCUGCAUGUUAUGGCCUGCAAGCUGGAUUUGGGCAGUAAGAUAUACAUUCUGAACCACUACACUGCUGGUGUCAUCCUGUUUGGGAAAAGAGAAAUGAUGAGGAGGCACUGUUUGUCAAAGGUGAAAUAUACAAAUUCAUAUACAUAUUGCAAUGUAAAUAUGUUUUUAUUUUACAUUGUUCUAAUUUUUUGUUAACAGGUCAACUUUGAUAACUACGAGGCAAUUGUUUCGUUUGUGAACGUUGGAAAUGUUCACUGGAAGUGCCUGGUUAGUAGUAACAUAAAUUGCCUUUCAGAAAAUUCAUAUUCUGAACUAAGUUCAAUAUUAUGGAAUAAUAAGAUUUCUGUUUUUAAAAUUAGGUUUUGUAAGUGCCAUAAAAUGUCACCCUGGAAACUUUUUUUACUUUCUGAGACAACUAGCCCUGAUUUAUGUGUGUGUGUGAUGUCCCACUAUCAAGUCCUAAAUGUCAAAUACCUGUAUACUGGACUACUAAAUGUUUCCCAUCAGUUUACCUUAAAACCUGACAUUUAAUGUAUUCGACUGUAGUAAAUGGUGUGUGGACAAAGAGGACGAUAGCAAAUAGAAAUUAAAGUAAAUUAACUUGAAAGAUUACAAUAGGUAUUGAUGUAAUAAUAUGUAUAACAGCUUUUCAUGGACUAAUUACAGCAAUCAGCUUUA